UUCGCGAAACUCAAGAUGGCGAACGAAAGUGGUUUUAAUUUUGAAAACUGCAGAAGAAACUUCCUUCUUGAAAAUGGAUUAAAGACACCGAAAGCUCUCAAAACAGGCACAACAAUUUGUGGAAUAGUCUACAAAGAUGGUGUCAUUCUUGGAGCCGACACACGAGCAACUGAGGAUACAAUUGUUGCGGAUAAAAACUGUUCGAAAAUCCAUUACAUUGCUCCAAAUAUGUAUUGUUGUGGAGCUGGAACUGCUGCAGAUACAGAAUAUGUGACAAAUCUUAUUUCUUCCAAUCUUGAAUUGCAUAGUCUAAACACUGGUCGACAGGCACCUGUUGUGUCAGCAUGUCGAAUGUUGAAACAGCUUCUCUUCAGAUAUCAAGGUUAUAUCAGUGCUGCGUUAGUUCUUGGUGGAGUUGAUUAUAAUGGGCCACAUCUUUAUACUAUCUAUCCUCAUGGCAGUACUGAUAAACUACCAUUUGUUACUAUGGGUUCUGGAUCUCUUGCUGCAAUGUCUGUAUUUGAGUCAAGAUAUAAACCAAAUAUGGAGUUAGAUGAUGGAAAAGCACUUGUGCGUGAUGCUAUAGCUGCUGGAAUAUUUAAUGAUUUGGGAUCGGGCAGCAAUAUUGAUAUUUGCGUUAUAACAAGAGAAGGUGUUGAAUAUCUUCGUCCUUAUGAUGUUGCCAAUCAAAAAGGUGUACGUCAAGGGAAAUACAAGUAUCCCCGUGGGACAACAGCUGUGCUCAGUAAAGAUGUGAAGCCAAUCAAAUGGGACAUUAUUCAAACGACAGUUGCUUCAACCACUGAUGAAGCUAUGGAGACAAGUGAAGUUGUGUAGAGAAGCUAUGAAUUAUCUAAUGAUGCAAGUAUUUCGCUAUGUCUUGUUGUGAAAUGAUAAAUAUGUUUUAUGUGCUGUCAGCUUCAUUCAUUAAAACCAUUUUAAAAUUA